CGACUCAAGUGACUAGAAGUGACAAAAGGAUCACUUGGUGGUUUUGCACCACAAACACAAAUGCAACUUCUCAACAUUCUGUUGUUUCUGUUCCUAGGUUUGGUCUACAUCAAUGGAGAACAAGCAGCCUUAUCACAGACGGAUACUUGCGAUGAAACACCCAAAACUAACACAGGGAGGCUGAAGAAGAAGAUAUUCUGUGGUUAUGACCCUACUGUAAGACCAGUCGCUCAUCAUUCCAACCAGACUUCCGUCAAAAUGGCCGCCUUUCCCAUCAACAUCGGAUGGAUGCAUGAAGAAAGGAACUCAAUAUGGAUGUCAUUUUGGCUAAUCAUGCAUUGGAACGAUGAUCUAUUGUCAUGGAACAGCUCACAUUACGAUGGUUUAGAAGAAUUUCCCACCGAUGGAAACAUGGUUUGGGUUCCAGAAAUCUUCGUAAGUGACCCCCCUCAGUCCCAGAUAUCUCGCCAGAUGAGUUGUGUCGUUCGCUCUACUGGUUACGUUGAUUGCUCCAAGAACAUGGGUGUCACUGCACGCUGUACCAUAGACCUCACUUACUUCCCCAACGACCGCCAUCAUUGCAAAGUAGUAUUCCGUCCUCGAACCUACAAGAACAACGUCCUCGACCUCACUUUUAUGGACUUUGAGGGGACGAAUCUAUUCACGUUUUACCGAUCGCAUGGAAUUUGGAACUUGGUGUCCCUCAAAGCCAAUCGCAAUGUAACGAAGCUGUUUGACGACUUCUACACUAUAGACAUGGAGUAUACUUUUGUGAUUGAGAGAAGAAGUUCAGCUUAUAGUGCAACACCAUUGGCAGUGAUGAUGAUGAUGGUGCUGAGCGUGUUCUGGCUAGAGCCGCAAUGUUCCGCCCGUAUCGUACUGCCCGGGUUGACAAUCCUAUGUCACAUGAUCAUCCUCCGAUGGCUCAUGGAAGUAGUCAGUUCCAACUUUGAAAGUCUUCCAGUCAUCAUUGUGGUUGUACGCAACUCUAUGCUACUGGCUGGUGUAGGAUUGGGGUGGAGUGUUGUGUGUAGAGCUCUAUGUAGUUGCUCUUUUUCACCAUAUUGGUUGUACAAGGCUACUACCAACAUAAACAAUAACCAGACCAUCAAACUCUUCCUUCCUCACGACAUUUUCAUCAAGUCAGGCACAUCGGGGGAUGAAGACGAGUCUUCUCUAGUAGUACAUCGGGACUGUACAGAACAGCAAUGGCGCAUCCUGAUCAUCUUGAGCGACCGGAUAUUCUUCAGCCUCUACCUCCUACUCUACAUGUACUUUUUUAUGUCUCUGACCCCAUAAAAUGUGUAUUACGCUACAAUGGCGGGAAGUGGAUGAUUACGGUACGAGCAUUAUAGUUGCGAGUAGAUGAUGGGAGUGCUGUAAACACAUUACCGAGUGAGUUUCGUACGAUACUUUUUGCAUUACAAGCAGCAACAAGUUUUUUUUACUAAUUUAGACCUAUAGACUAACAAAACUCUACUGAUCCUUUGUAAACUAUUUUGGAAAUAAGGAAAACUCAUACCUGUUUUUGGAUUUAACAAGCAAAUAUGAGCUAAUUCUUGUAGGCUUAAUCGUUAUUUUGUGUGGAAUUUCACAAUAUUCUCUAUCGUGAUCCAUCUCCUGUGAUAAGUUAUUUGAAAAUCGAUUACAAUACUCUACGCAAUGGCAGUCGUUCUGCUAACUGCGUAGUGUGGUGAAAACCCUAUUGCAAGCUAAAACCUUUUGACUAUUGAUGGAAGUGGACAUGCCAUUCCCUGCUGAAACCAGUUUAAGAGAAACUAUUAAGCCAUCAACAGAUAGCACAGAUGUAAUUUACUGAUUUAUUUCAAAUACUCUAGCUUUUAAAAUGAGCCAAGAAGGGACUACUUAUUGUCAGCUAUCAUAGUAACAAAAACUAAGGGAUCAGUAGCACACUCUCCAAGUGCAUUCCAAGUUCUUUUUGGUAGUAAUGUGUAGUAUAUUGUUAAA